GCUCCCCGUGAGGGGGCGUCUUCUUUCCGUGCUCUUCUUGCUGGAGAACCGAAAACAAGGGGGCGUCUUCCCACCCUCGACCAAUCGAAGUAGCGCUGAGGGACGGGAGGCUGGCGGGGCGGGGAACGGGGGCGCGGAACGAAUUCUCCAUUUGGGGCAUAUAGGAUACUUUCCCAGAUGAUCUUCGGCGGGGGGGAAGAGGGAGGGGGAGGAAGGCCACGCUGAAUGAUUGGCCGUAACUAAGGGCCUCCUCCUCCUCGCCAAUGGAAAGACGAGGGAGGAGGGGUCAGGCGGCGGUUGGGCUGGCAAAGAGAUCCGGUGACUGAGACAGACUGCGAUGGCCAUGGCUGUGGUGACGGCGGCGGCGGCGGCGGCGGCGGCGGCGGGCUUACGAGCCCGGAUGCUUCGGGUUUCUUCUAAGAUAAACCCUACCUGGUACCCAGCAUCCUUUUUUUCUUCAUCUUCAGUGCCAAGAGUCAAACUUUUCAUAGAUGGGAAAUUUGUUGAAUCUAAAAGUGACGAGUGGAUCGACAUUCACAACCCAGCUACCAAUGAGUUGAUUGGCCGAGUUCCCAAAGCCACAGAGGCUGAAAUGAACGCAGCUGUGGAGGCCUGCAAACGUACUUUUCCCUCAUGGUCCGAGACAUCUGUACUGAGCCGCCAGCAGGUCCUGCUGCGGUAUCAGCAGCUCAUCAAGGAAAACUUGAAAGAAAUUGCUAAGCUAAUCACUUUGGAGCAAGGGAAGACCCUGGCUGAUGCUGAGGGAGAUGUGUUCCGUGGCCUUCAGGUAGUUGAACAUGCCUGUAGUGUGACAUCCCUCUUGCUGGGAGAGAUCAUGCCUUCCAUUACCAAAGACAUGGACAUUUUCUCCUACCGUCUGCCUUUGGGUGUAUGUGCAGGCAUUGCUCCAUUCAAUUUUCCUGCCAUGAUUCCUCUCUGGAUGUUCCCCAUGGCCAUGGUAUGUGGAAACACCUACUUGCUGAAACCAUCUGAGCGAGUACCUGGAGCAGCUAUGUUUCUCGCCAAGUUGCUGCAAGACUCUGGUGCCCCAGAAGGGACGUUAAACAUCAUCCAUGGGCAGCGUGAAGCUGUGAAUUUUAUUUGUGAUCAUCCGGAUAUAAAAGCAAUCAGCUUUGUGGGCUCCAACCAGGCUGGAGAGUACAUCUUCGAGAGAGGGUCAAGAAAUGGCAAGAGAGUUCAAGCAAAUAUGGGAGCAAAGAACCAUGGGGUGGUCAUGCCAGAUGCCAAUAAGGAAAACACCCUGAACCAACUGGUAGGAGCAGCUUUUGGAGCCGCAGGGCAACGCUGCAUGGCCCUGUCCACAGCCAUCUUGGUAGGGGAAGCAAAGAAUUGGCUGCCAGAACUUGUGGAGCGUGCCAAAAAGCUUCGGGUUAAUGCUGGGGACCAGGCUGGAGCUGAUUUGGGCCCUCUAAUCUCCCCACAGGCCAAAGAACGAGUUUGUCAUCUCAUUGAGAGUGGAACAAAGGAGGGAGCCUCGAUUCUUCUAGAUGGAAGAAAAAUUAAAAUUAAAGGCUACGAAAAUGGCAACUUUGUUGGACCAACCAUCAUCUCAAAGGUCAAGCCAAAUAUGACCUGUUACAAAGAGGAGAUUUUUGGUCCAGUUCUAGUGGUUAUGGAGGCAGACAGUUUGGAUGAAGCCAUCAAGCUGGUAAAUGACAAUCCAUAUGGAAAUGGAACUGCCAUCUUUACUACCAAUGGAGCUGUUGCUCGAAAAUACUCUCACUUGGUGGAUGUGGGGCAGGUGGGUGUGAAUGUCCCUAUUCCAGUGCCUUUGCCAAUGUUCUCAUUUACGGGCUCCCGCUCUUCCUUCAGAGGAGAAACCAAUUUUUAUGGCAAACAGGGCAUCCAAUUCUAUACACAGCUAAAGACCAUUACUUCUCAAUGGAAAGAAGAAGACUCCAUGCUAACUGCGCCUGCUGUAGUGAUGCCAACUAUGGGACAUUAAAAAGAACUUUUAGUAGACUUUUUCUAUCCUGAAUAACUGCUCUCUCUACUUAACCAUGUCUCCCAUAGAUCUUUCCAACUGUGCUUAGAUAGUUCACACACAAUGCACUGGGAAUGGAGUACUCUGGCCACAUGGCCCUUGGGCCUCCUUUUCCUAUAUUGUGCUUUUGUUACUACACCUGGUGGCCAAAAUGUCAAUCUAGGGUUUUUAGUUGCUUAGUACUUCCAUUUGUGAAGUAACUAUUUUAACUGUGAAAUUCGUAUAUAAAGGGAGAACCCGGGGCGGGGAGGAGAAUGGAGCCAGGGAGACAUUAGUGUCUCCAAAGAAGACUUCCAACAAUUGGUAGAAAAAGUCUUAAAACACAAAAUAAGACUGGAUGUUAUCUAUUUUUUGCUCCCCAAAAUAUAACCUUCCAUAACAGUAUUAGUGAUUCACUGACCAUGUUUUAUUUUCAUGGUUCAGUCUUCUUCUACUUCAAACUGCCACUGCUAAGAGUACUUUUCCCCCAGAGUACUCUAGAAAAAUAACAUUUUUGUUCAACUAUUGUGUUUAGAAGAGUGACCACAAACACACAGCACUAUUUCAGCAAACUAUUCCAAGAGUUUUAUCAGUCUUAGAAAUAGAGAGAUCUUCCUAUUGUGAAAUGGGGAAGGUUUUGUCAUCAUAUUUCUUGAUUUCUUAUAGGGAUGAAUUCUGUCAUGCAUAUGCUCUUAUGUUCUCUCUGCAUUUUUCAGUUAGCUCAUUUGAUUAGAGGGAAAUUCCUUUAAAGAAAUCUCUUGGCAUAAGAGAAAUUUCAAUUCUUUUCAUGACACAAAGAUACUAUAAAGCCUGGACUGCAUUAUUAGGACAGCAAUGUGACUGGUAUGCCUUGUUUCAAGUGACCUUAUGCCUCACUUUCCUUCAUUUUAGUGUUAGCUAAGCUACAUUGGUCAAAAUGGAACUAAAAGAUGAAGAUGUUGACUUUGAGUAGGUAAUCUCUUUUUUGCUGAUGCCAAAUGUCUUAUAUAUACUUUCAAUGUGGUAUAUAUCAUCAGCCAGUGAACAAGUUUCAGGGCCCAAAAGAGCAAGCUCUAGUACUCAUCCCAUAUGAGACUUUGAAUUGAUAGGAGCUGGAUCACUUAUAGGAUAACCAGAUUUAAAGCAAAUCAAGGGACCUUAAAGAUGAUCUAGUCUAACCCUCUCAUUUUAAAGAUAAGAAACUUAUUUCUCUGUUACUCCAAUUAAACUGUCUUGACGAAAAUCAUUGGGGUAAAUUAAAGAUUGGCAGAUACUGUAAAAUGCCAAGUAUCAUGUAUAUAGUAGGCUUAUUGCUGACUUAACCAAAUAGAACAUCAGACCAAAUGAGAUCACUUUAAAUCAUCUAGAGCCUUAAUUUUAAAAAACACAUAUGGCACAAUAGGAACAUCUCUUCUGAAGUGCUAUCUUUUAAUCAGGGUAAUGAAGAUCUAUAUUUGGAAAGGUGGACUGCCACUUGUUUUAUCCUCUUAUAAAAUUGUGUGGUUUGAUUGGCAAUGUGCAUAAAUCUAGGUGUGUAUAUGUUUCAUUCCAACAGCUCAUAGGCCGGGUAAUAAUAGAAGGUUAUACUGUAUAAAUUUCAUGUGAAAUUAAAUAAAAAGUCACAGGGACUCUUGAGAUUGCACUAACUCAACCAAUUGUAGUUUAUAUUUACUACCACAUAAGGAUGUGUGCAUUUGUGUCUUUUAAAAUAAACAGCCAAGCCAAAACUA